AUGCUCCUUCUAUAUGUUCAUGAUAGUGACAUCACUGCAGCCAGAGAGGACCUUCUUCGUGACAUCAUUGGUCGUCUUGGCUCCGAGUUUUGGCUGAAGGACCUAGGCGCGUUGCACUUCUUCCUCGGCAUUAAUGUGCGAUGCGAUGCCUCUGCGUUCUUCCUCCAUCAAGGGCAGUAUGCUCUUGACCUGUUGGACCGUGUGGGCAUGACCGACUGCAAGCCGGUUGCCACCCCUGCUGAGGCCAAGCCAAAGCUCUCUGCCACUGCUGGACAGCACGCCACUGACGCUACUCUCUACCGCAGUAUUGUUGGUGCGCUUCAGUACCUUACGCUCACCAGACCAGACAAUCAGUUUGCGAUGCAGCAAGUUUGCUUGCACAUGCACUCGCCUCGUGAUGUUCACUGGUCUCUGGUCAAGCGCAUUCUACGGUACAUUCGCGCCACACCGACAUAUGGUCUCCGUCUCUGCGCCUCCGCCUCCACCAAGCUUCUCGCCUACACAGAUGCAGAUUGGGCUAGCUACCCUGACACUCGCUGA